ACCAGUGCGUCUGCUCUCGGUCAGUUUCGGCACACGAUAGCACGCAUGAUUCAGGCAGCCAUGUCUGGCCAGCCGGAGACACCCCUCGUACCUCCGCAAGUUCCUCCAGGCCUGAAGAAGAUUGCGCCAUACUGGUUCCCGUACCAUACCAUGGCGAAGGAGCGGUGGCUCGGGCGGGAGAUACUGGAGAUUGUGUCGACGGAGUUUCGGGAUCGAUCUAUGGAGUACUAUAGGUACGCGCUAGAAUCCGGAGUGACCACCAUCAAUGGUGAAGUUGCGAGGCCAGACACCGUCGUACAAAACGGAGAUCGCAUAGAGAACGUAGUUCAUCGGCAUGAGCCACCCGUAACAUCUACGCCGGUAAAGAUAAUAAGCCAUGACAAGGAGCGAGGCUUCAUCGUGGUUAACAAGCCAGGGAGCAUCCCUGUUCAUUCAUCUGGACGAUACUACAAGCACAGCCUCGUCGAGAUUCUCAAGGAUGAUUUUGGGUUUGAGAAAAUUUACACCGUCAAUCGCUUGGAUAGGUUGACCUCCGGCCUCCUGAUUAUACCCUUAAUAGCCGACCUUGCCCGCUCCCUUACAGCAGAGUUCCAGAAUGGGACCAUUCGCAAGGAGUACAUCGCGCGAGCCAAAGGCGAAUUCCCUGAAGAAGAGAUAACGUGCGACCAGCCGCUCCUGACGGUGGACAGGCAGAUGGGUCUCAACAUCGUACAUCCUGACGGGAAACCUGCUGUUACGAUCUUCAAACGUCUCCAUUACGACGCGAACACGGAUAGCAGUGUCCUCCAUUGUCGACCAAUGACCGGUAGAUCACACCAAAUCCGCGUCCACCUUCAAUUCCUUGGUCAUCCCAUCGCAAAUGAUCCCAUCUACUCAGAAGAACGAAUAUGGGGUAUAAACCUCGGCAAAAAUGGCAUUGAUACUGUGCCAAGUGAGGAACGAGUGGCCCCAAUCGCGCCUGAGCACCUGCAAAGUGACGACAGUCCCGAAGCAUUGAGCAAUGGCACUAAGGGUGAUACGAAGGUCCUACCUCGAGAAACCGGUCAUGACAUUGGGAUGAGCUCGCCGGUGCCGCUGUCUUCGGAGGCGGUAGGCGUCAUUACGCGCUUACGGAACAUGAAGGACGAAGGCGAAGACUGGAGCCGUUGGCGAGACGUCGUCUUCCGUACCAGAGGGGCGCUCGCGCCUCCGAAAUACAUCAUACGCAAACAGCAGCCUCCGCGCUCAAACCAGCGAAAGCGUGGUGGUCCUAUGAGUGUAGAGGUUCUCAUCGAGGCUACGGCGACUGAACAACCCACUGCAUCGACAAAUGGUACACCUGCAGCCGGAACCCCUGACGCGGAGCCUCCAGCGCAGCUUGAGAUAGAGAACGUCGUUGCACGGCUACCAUCCAUGGAGCUAGAGCCUCCAAAGGAAGAGGGCUCGACAGCCGAGCAACCAACGGAGAACGGGACGCUUUAUUGCCCGGAGUGUUACCUACCCUUGCACCCGGAUCCCAAGCCAGAGAACCUGUACAUCUUCUUGCACGCCCUGAAGUACACGACAAGUUUAGGGAGCUUUGAAACGGGGAUGCCUGAGUGGGCGGCAGAGGGCUGGGAGUGGGAGCAAUCGGGUUCGUAACAGUGGCGAUGGGGUGGUUUCGCAUGAGGGUUUUGG